AUGCGGUUCACAGCGACGGCCGCGGCCCUGGUGGCAUCCAGCAUACCUGCUACACUGGGACAGCAUGUCAGGGAUCUUAGUAAUGAGAAGUGGACUCUUAGUAGCGAUGCCUUGAAUCAUACAGUACCCGGAAAUCUUCCAUCCCACGCCCAUUUGGACCUGCUGAAGGCCGGUGUAAUUGAUGACCCGUAUCAUGGACUGAAUGACUUCAACCUUCGGUGGAUUCCAGAGUCUAAUUGGACCUACACCACUGAUAAAAUCAAGGAUUUGAUGCCGAUCGAGUUCUGCGGGAAAUACGUUGCUUCAACUAAUAACCAAUACCGCCAAUAUUCUUUCGAUGUCUCUCAAAUCCUGGAGGGCUGCAAUGAGGAUCCCAUCUUGAAGAUCGACUUUGGUAGUGCGCCAAACAUCGUGAAUGCAAUUGCUGAGGAUCGUAACUCACCAGUAUGGCCCGAUGGAAUACAACAGACUUACGAAUAUCCGAACCGGUGGUUCAUGCGUAAGGAACAGUCGGAUUUCGGCUGGGACUGGGGUCCUGCAUUUGCUCCAGCUGGACCUUGGAAGCCUGCUUAUAUCGUGCAACUACCAAAGGCGCAAAAUAUCCAUGUCUUGAAUACAGACUUAGACAUCUAUCGGAAAGGACAGAUCAACCAUCUUCCUCCGGACCAAAGUCAGCCAUGGGUCGUGAAUGCUAGCAUUGACUUUGUUGGCUCCCUCCCACCCAAUCCGUCUAUGUCUAUUGAAUUCAAAGACACUAAGUCCGGCGAGAUUCUCACAUCAAAGCGGAUAGGCAAUGUGACCGUAUCUGGAAAUUCCGUUACUGGUGUUACUGUUCUUGGGGGAGUGACUCCGAAGCUCUGGUGGCCACUGGGCCUUGGUGACCAGAAUCUCUACAACAUAACUGUCACUGUUACUGGUCAUCAGAACCAAACCUUGGCCCAUGUCACCAAGAGAACAGGCUUCCGCACGAUUUUCCUCAAUCAACGAAACAUCACAGAUGCCCAGCUUGCCCAAGGCAUCGCCCCAGGUGCCAACUGGCAUUUUGAAGUCAACGGACACGAAUUCUACGCCAAAGGAUCGAACAUUAUUCCUCCAGACGCUUUUUGGCCACGGGUUACAGAGGCGAGAAUGGCCCGAUUGUUCGAUGCCGUUGUUGCUGGAAACCAGAAUAUGCUCCGUGUUUGGUCGUCUGGCAUAUAUCUCCACGAUUUCAUUUACGACUUGGCUGAUGAGCGAGGCAUUCUUUUAUGGAGCGAGUUCGAAUUUAGCGACGCUUUGUAUCCUGUAGAUGAUGCGUUCUUAGACAACAUUGCCGCUGAAGUUGUGUACAAUGUUCGUCGUGUCAACCACCAUCCUUCGUUGGCAUUAUGGGCAGGUGGAAAUGAGAUUGAGUCACUGAUGCUUCCAACGGUCGAAAGGAAGGCUCCUGAAGAGUAUGCGAAGUAUGUUGGGGAAUAUGAGAAGCUAUAUAUCAGUCUCAUCCUGCCUUUGGUUUACCAAAACACCCGGUCCAUUACAUACAGCCCUAGCAGCACAACAGAAGGCUAUCUCGACGUCGACUUGUCUGCUCCCGUGCCUAUGGUGGAACGAUAUCACAAUACUACACCUGGAUCCUACUACGGCGACACCGACUUUUACAACUAUGACAGCAGCGUCUCUUUCAACUCUCAUGUCUACCCAGUAGGUCGCUUCGCCAAUGAAUUCGGAUACCACAGCAUGCCUAGCCUGCAAACCUGGCAGCAAGCCGUUGACCCCGAAGACCUCCAUUUCAACAGCACCACUGUCAUGCUCCGGAAUCACCACUACCCAGCCGGCGGUACCUUCACCGACAACUUCCACAAUACAUCUCUAGGCAUGGGCGAAAUGACAAUCGCAGUGCAGCGGUACUACCCUAUUCCCAACAAACUGGACUCCGUCGCCAACUUCAGCGCCUGGUGUCACGCAACCCAACUCUUCCAGGCCGACAUGUACAAAUCCGAAAUCCAGUUCUACCGCCGUGGCAGCGGAAUGCCCGAGCGACAGCUCGGCUCCCUCUACUGGCAACUGGAAGAUAUUUGGCAAGCGCCAUCAUGGGCCGGCAUCGAAUACGGCGGACGAUGGAAAGUCCUCCAUUACGUCUCCAGAGACAUCUACCAACCCAUCAUCGUCUCCCCAUUCUGGAACUACACCACAGGUGACCUUGACCUCUACGUAACGUCAGAUCUGUGGGAAUCAGCAAAGGGCAAGGUUAACCUGACCUGGCUGGACUUGUCAGGCACGCCUCUUCCCCACAAUGCAGGUACACCAGGUUCUGUUCCCUUCAACGUCGGAGCGCUCAAUACCACCAAGAUAUACAGCACCAACAUAAAGAAUCUUACACUCCCCAAUCCCAAGGAUGCCAUCCUUGUUCUCUCCUUGUCGGGCGAGGGACAUCUCCCCAACUCGGACAAGAAAACGACAUUCACCCAUCAGAACCACUUCACACCGGUUUUCCCCAAGGACCUGGCUCUGGUGGAUCCCGGGCUUGAACUGUCGUAUAAUACUAAGUCAAAGACUUUCACCGUAGAGGCUAAAUCGGGCGUCUCGCUAUACACGUGGCUUGAUUAUCCUGCUGAUGUGGUGGGGUAUUUUGAUGAGAAUGCUUUCGUGUUGCUUCCGGGACAGAAGAAGGAAAUUGGGUUUACGGUUCAGGAGGAUAAUACUGAUGGGAAAUGGGUACAGGGAGUCACGGUGCAGAGUCUGUGGAAUCAGACGCUUGAGAAGUAG